UGUAGGAAGUGUUUAGCGAUGCGCGGGAGUUUAUUGUUGCUGUCUAGAGUUAGAUGUCGUAUUAAUUUUCCUCUUUCAUUUAAAUAAACAGCAGCACAGGGAUUUGCAUAGAAUGGCUCAGCUAAACGAAGUGGACUUACCGCCAAACCUGUCAUGUCUCAAAAGCAUAGACACUCUCCUUCGUUGUCCUAUCUGCUUUGAUUUUCUCAACAUCACCAUGAUGACCCAGUGUUCUCACAACUUUUGUUCUCUGUGCAUACGGAAGUUUCUCUUCUAUAAGUUGUUGUGUCCUGUUUGUAAUUUGCCAUCAACAGAACAAGACCUGAGGAACAACAGAUUAUUAGAUGACAUAGUUCAGAGCUUCCAAGCAGCAAGGCAAAAAUUGUGUCACUCAAAUUUGGAAUCACCCCCUAUUUCACCUGAAACCCCGGCUAUGAUGAUCAAAGGCAAAGCAGCAAGACAGAAGGGCCUCAAAAAGGAAGCAAACACCCUCAGUCAUUUUUUCCAGAAGAAGACCCCUAUAACUGCCUCGUCAAGGACCCAAACAAGUCUUGAGGUUCACAUGCCAGUCAAAUCGGAACCUGUGGAGCUGUGUGUUCGACAGCUAGGCAGCGUCAAGCAAGAAAAUGUGGAAGAUACAACGGGAAUGGUGAAAGACGAAAAGAUGGAUGUAACUGCUUUUCCUUCCACGUCACAAAAUAAAUUGCUAGUUAAAGUGGAUUGUCCUGUCUGUGGAGUAGGUGUGUCCGAACAGCACAUUAAUAAACAUCUGGAUAUGUGCUUGAGCAGAGACGAUAAGAAGGAGGGAUUGAGAAGUGGUGGAAGGCGAAAGGCGAUGCCUAAGCUCUUGUACACUUUGAUUUCUGUUCCAAAACUCAAGAAGAUGCUUAAAGAAUGCCACCUGUCCGCUCAAGGCAGCAGAGAACAGCUCGUGCGACGCCACCAGCAAUUCACCCACAUUUAUAAUGCACAGUGUGAUGCACUCAACCCCAAACCAGCUGGAGAAAUUGCCAAAGAACUUGAAAACAACGAGAGGUUAAAGAAUCAGUUGGAGAGUAAACGAAAACCUUUAAUCGUCACUACGAAGAAUCAGACAGCUGAAGAAAUUGAGGAGUUACACUCAAAGUACCGGAAGCAGCACAGUAGCGAAUUUUCCCGUUUGAUUGCCCAGGUCAGAGGUCGUCUGGAGACAUCCAAGAGAGCACAGAUCAAACAAGAAGAGAAGUCUACAGAGGAGACAGACUCCAAAGGUGCACCACGCAGCAUUCAGAACACUCCCCAGCCUCUCGUUUCUACAAUGCUGAAAGUAAAGAGUGAAGAGAUGGAGGGGGUAAUUGAGCUUCCAUCAAGAUCAUCAAGCCCUACAAUCAGUGAAGUGUCAGUCAGCAGCUCCAUCUCAGAUAUUUUCUGUUGAAGACAUGGCAGCAGCUUCUCAAGAUGUUGUCCCACAAAAAUCCCCACAUCCACAGUCAUCUAAUGAAGGCUUAGAGUCUGGCUAGUUUUUGUUGGCUUGAGUUGUAUCCCUAUAGUUCCAGCACAUCUGGAGUGCGUAAGGCCUUCUUUCAGCGAGGGAUUGCUCUUCUUUGAUGGAGUAGUGCCCCCCACUAUGAGGCACUCACUGGGGGAUAAGACUCAGGCAGUAGCUGCUCUCUUCCCAGUUCAGUUUUUGUCUAGAGACGACAUACACCCACCAUUACUUUAGAUGUGGUAUGGAAUAUUGUACUUGUGGGAUAGUGUUAUGUCAGACAUGAUAUUUAGACUGUUGUCAUGAUGAGAUAAAAAGUAUCUGUUGCUUUUCACUCUUUACAGAAAUUCUUUAGCCUGGUUAUUGAAGCCA